ACUUGCGAGUGGUAAUUAUUGGCGUAUCUGAUGAUGUGAGAUGGCCAUAUUUGCGAUGCUUUGCUCAAUAGCGACUGACUAUUGGUAUUAUAACGAUGAGAUGGAUUGAUCUACUAAAGUCUUCAAUAUAUUCAAUGUGUAUACUUGUAAGAUAGGGCCACUAUCAGCAAAGAAUGAGGGAGAAGAGGCGUCAUGCGACAUUAGCGUAGGGCGCGUUUGACAAGCGGGGAUGGUAUAAGCUUUCAUUGAAUUCGAGUCGUCAAAACUGAGUAUAAAUCUCAAGGAAAACACGUUAGAAAGAAAGAAAGAGGCAGAUCUGAGCUUAGGGGAUUAUUCCAACUUGCAUCUGCUUAGCUCAAUAUGUCUGGAUCAUCACCAACUAUUGAGAACUUCCCCAAGCCAAAAUUCAUCACGGGUGGCUGUCUUUGCGGUUCAAUCAAAUAUCGCGCCGACUUCCCCGAGGACCAUGAUUUCCUGCACCAGAGCCGAAGCUGCCAAUGCACCCAAUGCAGACGCGGGACAGGGUGUCUAUUUUACGUAGCGCAUACAGUCCCUCUAGGGAAUUUCACCUACCUGACACCGACCACAACUCUCAAGAACUUCUACGCGACGCCAGGUAUCCAGCGAGGGUUCUGCAGCAACUGCGGCAGCUUCUUGUAUUGGCGGCACGAGUCGCGCGACGAGAUCGCGAUGGCAGUGGGCACGGUAGAUCCCGAGUUUCUAUCCGACUUUGGCUUCGCGCUUGCAAAUACAGCGGGUGAUAACGUUUGGUGUGAGAAUGAGAUCAAAGGGGUUACGGAUGGAAUGAUUGGCAAGGAGCGAGGUAUCAAGUGGGCUACGGAUAGUAAGGGUGUGAGGAUGUAGAAUGCAUGAUACUGGACUAAGAUGAAGUAUAGAAGAAGAAUAUAAAAUAUGAAGCACAGAAGAAGAAUAGAAAGUUAGAAAAUAACAUUGAAUCGUCAAGUAAACUCAAUUCAGGGAGGGCGAGGAGGUAUCAGGUACAG